UGGACCUUUGGUAGCGGAAGUGGCGGCGUUUCCUGGAGACCGGUGACAGGCGGAGGCCCUAGCUACAGAAUGAAUGUUGGGGUGGCUCAUAGUGAAGUGAACCCCAACACACGGGUGUUGAACAGUCGAGGAAUAUGGCUGGCUUACAUUAUUCUCGUGGGUUUUCUUCACAUAAUCCUCCUAAGCUUUCCCUUCUUCAGUGUUCCUGUUGUCUGGACCCUGACUAAUGUCAUUCACAACCUUGUUAUGUACCUGUUUCUGCACACGGUGAAGGGGACUCCAUUUGAAACCCCUGACCAGGGCAAAGCACGACUUCUCACUCACUGGGAGCAAAUGGAUUAUGGAAUCCAGUUUACAUCUUCUCGCAAGUUCCUCACCAUAACCCCAAUUGUUUUAUAUCUCCUUGCAAGUUUUUAUACCAAAUAUGAUGCAGUCCAUUUCCUUAUCAACACUUUGUCAUUGAUCAGCGUCCUCCUUCCAAAACUUCCGCAGUUUCAUGGUGUCAGGAUAUUUGGGAUAAACAAAUACUGA